CAGGCCUUACCAGCAUGCAGGGGACAUGGUGGCUGCCAUUUCACUCACUUUAAAACAGUGCAACAGACCAGACCUGGCAACCCCGGCUGCUCUCGUCCUGCAGGGACUACAGGAGCUGUGUCGAGCAGAGGUGGUGGAUAUUAUCUCAGCAUGGAGAACUGUUUGGCCUGAGCUCAGCUGUCACUCACAGCCAGGAGUGGUUCAAGCCAUCGCUGAGCUUCUGGCUCUGGUGCCUCAGCUCACAGUUAAAUCAGAGCAGUACGAGAAAUUAAAAGAAGAGGUGGUCAGCAUUCUCUGA